AUGUGGAGAGCUCAAACUCCCUCAGGAAAGGUACGGGGUGGAGCCUGCGUUGGGAGGGAAGCUCACCUCUCCCGGGCUAGAGGCCCUGGAGGUGGAGAGCCGGGGGUGUGGUGCUUGGAAUCUGUACCCUGCCCCCUCCCACUACCCGCCAGUCAAUCGCUGCAGGGUGAGUUGCCGCGGAGAGCCCGGCGGCGGGCUGAGCUGCCGCAGUAUGAAAGCCGCUACCCAUUCCCGCCGCCUUUGGACCUGGCGCGAGCAGCAGCUGCAGCAGCCCCGGCUCGGCCUCCUCCGCCCAUGUUUGUGCCGUGGAAGGGCCGGCAGCAUGGCCGGCGGGGGGGCCUGGGACUGUCGAGGAGAGCCUGGCUCCUGGUCACAAGUUGGCUCCUGAUGUUCUCCGUGCCGGUCGUCUACUUCUACUUGGUCCAGCCGCUGCCCUGGACAUACCUGCAGCCACCCGCCCCGGCCCCGGCACGCCCGGUCACGGUCUUGAUGUGGUGGGAGCCCUUCGUCGGAAAGGACAGAUCCCACGGUCCGGUCCCGGACUGCCAGCGCCUAUUUAACCUGAGCGGCUGCCGCCUGCUCACGGACAGGAAAGCCUAUUGGGAAGCCCAGGCAGUUCUCUUCCACCACCGAGACCUUGUGUGGACCCAGGACUGGCCCCCUCCACGGAGCGAGCCUGGAGACAAGCUGCUGGACACAGCAGCAGCUGAAGGAGUAGACACAGCCUCGACCAACGGCCAGCUGGGCAGACCCUCUGGACAACGGUGGGUGUGGAUGAACUUCGAGUCCCCUUCCAACACCCCAAGGCUAGAGAGCCUCGACGGCAGCCUCUUCAACUGGACGCUGUCCUACAGGGCCGAUUCUGAUGUCUUUGUGCCCUACGGAUAUCUGUACCCCAGGAGCAGCCCGCGGGACCAGCCUUCGGGGCUGUUCCCAUCGCUGGCCCGAAAGCAGGGGUUGGUGGCUUGGGUGGUCAGCCACUGGAACGAGGAGCAGGCCCGGGUCAAAUACUACUACGAACUGCGCCGCUUCCUGCAAGUGGACGUGUACGGCCAAGGUGGUCCUGGACAGCCAGUGCCGGACACCGGGCUUCUGCACACGGUGGCCCGCUACAAAUUUUACCUGGCUUUCGAGAACUCUCAGCACCUCGACUACAUCACGGAGAAACUGUGGCGAAACUCUUUUCUGGCUGGGGCGGUGCCGGUGGUGCUGGGGCCCAGUCGGGCCAACUACGAGCGCUUUAUGCCUCGAAAUGCCUUCAUCCACGUGGACGACUUUCCCGAUGCUGCUACCCUGGCCACCUACCUUCGAUUCCUGGAUCGAAACCGGAACGAGUACAAGCGCUAUUUUGAAUGGCGCCGGCGUUAUGCGGUGCACAUCCUAUCUUUUUGGGAUGAGCCUUGGUGUCGGACCUGCCAGGCUUUACAGAUUGCUGGAGACCAACCCAAGAAAAUGACUAAUUUGGCCUCCUGGUUUCGGAGAUGAGUCUUCACUAGGCCAGAGUCCGGGUUGCCAAGUAUUUUGCAAAGGAGAUUGCAUAGCUUGAUAAUCUUAAGCAAACGAUACUGUUUGUAACAGGAAGAAUCCUAAAAGUUCUCAAAUCAGGUACUUACUGCCCAGCUUCCACACGAACUGGUGUUUUAGAGUGGAGCGGUUGAGCUCUUUUAAAAUGUGUAAGGGUGAAGUGAGAAACUUGUGUCUUCUCAGUCUCCCCAACUGUGUAUGUGAACUGUGUAGGGUAAGCAAUGCAGCUAGCUCAUUGACUCCCAAGCAGCCCCUCUUUUAGCUUGGGGCAAGCCACCAGCUUCCUCGGUGGUCACAAAGUGCCUUAUUACAACGGAAAGCCACUUCUUCACUAGGUGCCUUAAAGCUUCUAGCUGAGUCAGAAUAGUGAAGCUCCUUCAUUUCAUGUCCUAUGAGUAUUUUUGAAGAAACUGAGAAAAUAUUUAUUCCGGAGAAGAAGGCUUAAGAGGAACUUGACAGUUGCUUUCAAAAACUAUUUGAAGCGUUUACCUGGUAGAGGGAUUAAACUUGUUCUUAGUGACCCCAUAGGAUAGAACAAGGAGCUGUAGUUAGAAGUUACCGAAACAAACUUAAUGUUGAUCUAUGGGAAAAUGCUUAACAAUGAAACAGAGCUAUACAACGGUGGAAUAGGGCACCUCGGAGGGACUGGGUGAGUUCUCCUUUCCUGAGGAGUCUUUCAGGAGGUCUCCAGGGAAAGGGUUGGGAUUUGGGUUCUGGUAUGGCUUGAACUCCUGAGAUUCCUUCCAAUUCUGAGUUAACGCUCCCUGAAAGUCAAGCUGAGCCUCCUGGAGAAGCUAUUAGACACCUAGCCAUCAGGUAUUGUCUCCUGUCUUUAAAUAGAGGGAAACCAGAUGAGAUGGGGGAGAGUAGGAAAAAAAUAGAUAUAGUAACACAAGUUUCUGGAAAAUUAUGUGUGAAUUAAUUCAUAAGCACACUAAAAAGAAAAGUAUUUCAGUAUUUAAAAGAGCUCUGUGGUGAAUAUCCCUUUACAAUGCGAAAAAUGACUUGACUUUUCUCUUGUAAAUCCAGAAACAGACUAGAGGAAAAGAUGUAAAACAAGACUCCCCCCCCCCCCCCCGCCCCCCACCAAGUAACUGUUUACAAAAGUUUUAUGCAGAAAUAUUCAUCUGAAGGAAAGAGAAGAAAACCUUGUUGGCAGUCUCUGCAUAAAUGUUUAUUUCAUGUUUUAAUAUAUUUAAAUUUUUGAAUUUCAGUCUAUGCAUUUAUUAAAGAUUGCUUCACCCACAAGCCUUCAUCAUACCAACAUUUAUAUAGCACUUCAGCAUUUGCAAAGUGCUUUUACAUAUAUGGUCCCAUUUGAUGGUGGGGAAUUAAGAAAGUAUGUAGAAAGGGGGGAAAAGAUUUUAUUGUUUGUUACGAUGAAAAAUUUGUUAUAUUUUUGUAUGGUUUGUUAUUUGUAAUUACCCAAGUGUGUAGUUCCCCCAUGUGUUUGUUUGAAAAAGUCAAUGUACCUGGGAUUACUUAGUGCCUACAGUCAUUUACUGCUCCAGUUUUGCUGCUAAACCUUUUACU